AUGGAAGAGACAGAUCAAAUUUCCAAUCUGCCAGAGCCAGUUUUGGACCACAUUCUGUCUUUCCUUGACAUUAAAGAUGCUGCGAAAACGAGUACAUUGUCAAAGGUUUGGAAUAGUAUUUGGACUUACCUUUCCUCCUUAGAUUUUGGUGAUAAUUAUUUACAUAAGUCCAAAAACACUGUGGAUCUAAUUCUAGCAAAUCGGCUAAACCAGAACAUCUCUAUAAAAAGGUUCAAGGUUAAUUUACCAAAUUAUCGGUUUAAAGCUCUGCAUGAUUGGAUUAAGGUACUUAUAACCUGUAAUAUCAAAGAGUUGUUCAUAGAUGUAGGCGUAUACACUCACAACAAGUUUCCUGAAGCAAUUUUUGCUGCCAAAUCAUUAAAUGUGCUUAGCUUACGCGGAUUUAAGCUCGAACUACCCUCUGAUCAUCGCGUUAAGUUUUAUUCUCUACGAGAGUUGCACCUCGAGGACUCAUUUUUGGACGAGAAAUUACUUCAAGCUAUAUAUGCAAUUUGUAGUGAUUUAGAAGUUUUGUCUUUGAAGAGAUUUCAUGGAUUAAUCAGUUUACAAGUUGCGGGAACGUUGCCUAAACUAAGGACAGUAAGGUUGAAAUUUUGCCCUCCUAAAUUCAAGAAGGUUGAUAUUGUAGCACCUAAUCUUAAAGACCUUUAUAUUAGUUCUUUUAAUCUGGACCUACAUGUAAUUGAGAUAACUGCUUGCAAAUCCUUAAAGUGUUUGAAGCUUACUGCUGUGGCUGUCAAUGACAAAUGGUUAGAGAGACUCCUUCCAAAUCUACCGAACCUUGAAGUCAUUUAUUUAGAUCAUUGUCAGUCCUUGAACUUCGUGAAGAUUUCAAAUAGUCGCGUUAAGUUUUUGAAAGUAGUCGCGUGCUCUCAUUUGAUUGCUGUUGAUAUGGAUGAUGCUCCUAACUUAUUAAGAUUCUCCUAUGACAUUCGUCAUGGAAGAGAUGGACUAUUGGGCUAUUUUGAACCCUCGCCUAUAUUCAAACUGAAAGCUUCACGAUUGCUGGAGGUUAUGAUCAAAUUAAUCCCAGAUCCUGAAGCUCUUGACACUGAUUGGUACUCCAAGCUCACAGAGUCUAUUGGUAACUUUAAUAAAUCCAGGGCUAUUACACUAAGUUGCGACUCUGACAAGGUGAUAAUUAUACCGAAACCUAUGAGAGAAAACUUGGUUCCUCCACUUAAUGGUACUAAGCAUAUACAUAUAAAAAUUAUGGAUAGGACGAAUUAUUCAAUUGUGGAUGUUGUUGAUAGUUUGCUUUGGAUUUCUCCUCAACUGGACACCCUAUCUGUUGAUCAGGGUCGAAGCAUACAGAGCUUGAUCAAGUUUACAUACCGAGAUGCUGAUGAUGAUGAAGAUGACAAACCUUGUUGUGCAUCUCUAGCUUGGAAAUGUUGGAGUCAUGAGUUGAAGAGAGUUCAAUUGCAAAACUUUACACGUACGGAGCUAGAGAAGUUGAGAAACUAUUUUCUCAAAAUUUCAGAUACUUUGAGCAUAAUUGAAGAUUCACCAGAAUGCAGCCUUUUAACUUCACCUCAAUAA